AUGUUUUUAGCUCAAUAUUAUAAUUCUGAAAAAGUUUUACAUUAUCUUGGAACAUUAUGCACUGUUGGUACAUUAUAUGUACCUAUAUUUUUAAAAUAUCAUUCAUCUGAAAUUGUAUUUGCUAAUGCAUUAGUCAGUAUUUUUUCUGCAGUAACAGGAUUUUUAUUUGCAUUAAAAAUUCUUGAACUUACUUUUACAUAUGAAUGGUCUCAACAAAAACAAAUAACAUUAAAACAAAUUUUAAUCGAUUUUUCAACAUUUCCAUUAUAUAAAUAUGAACCGGAACCAUAUUUAUUAAAAUCAAAAUCUAUUCAUCCAACAUUUUUAAAUCAUAUAAAUUAUCUUAUUCUUGGUACUAAUGAUGAUCAAUUAUCUGCUCAUCGACAAAAUAGUUUAAUUAUAUUACGUGGUUUAUUUCAAAUGAUAUGUUUACAUAUUCUUCUUCAUUUUACACCUUAUUCAGUGCUUCGUCUUCAUAGUCGAAAUGCAACAUUUUUUUCUUUAACUCAUUUUCUAAUAUAUGCACUUUAUGGAUUUAUAUUUUAUUUUGCGCUUGGUAUGAUAAUUAAUAUAGUAUUUGGUUUUAUGGGUUUUUUCUGGAAUAUUCAUAUACGUUCUGUAUAUCCAGGUUAUCCAUUUUUACCAAGAGGUAUUCAUGAUUUUUGGUCACGCCGUUGGAAUAUAUAUAUUAAAACAAUUCUUCAUCGUAUUGCUUUUAUUGCUUUACCAAAAUUAACAGGUUUUAAUAAGAAAUCAAAUGUACGAAUGAUAAUUGCUGGUAUAUUUGCAUUUUUUGUAUCUGGUCUUUUACAUGAAUUUAUGUAUACAGUAUCAAUGAAUCGAUGGUCUGGUGGUAAAUAUAUGCUGUUUUUUCUUAUUCAUGGUAUGUUUGUUGGAAUUGAACUUAGUCUUCAAGGACUUCUCAAACGAAAGCAAUUAUUUCCAGCAUUUGUUGGGUGGGCUUAUACAAUAAUUGCUUUAUAUUCUACAAGUCAUCUUUUUUGUGAUCCAUGGAUUGAAGCUGAUUGUUUUGCAACAUUAAAAACAUAUUUAGGAUAG